CCUCCAUACAGUAACUCUCCCAGUCUCACACCGUGCUGCAGUCAUCCCGCCUGCUUGGUCCGAGCUCCCUCUGCUGCAGGCACCCUUGCUCCGCUGCCUGGCCCCUCCUCAAGCGCAAAUCGAUGCUUGGCAUCUGGCAUCGAAAUCAAACGAAAAAAGUUCGAGAUCAGCGAGAGCUCGAGCUCAAUCUACGUCGGCAUUCUCCUCCUUGACGCGCUAUCCAGCCUGUCGUUUUGCCAAAGAACUGCCGCUAUGUCUGCCGCGCAGCUUCUCAACCCUAAGGCCGAGUCACGGAGGCGGGGUGAGGCCCUUCGGGUCAAUAUCAGCGCCGGCGAGGGACUCCAAGAUGUUCUCAAGUCCAACUUGGGCCCGCUGGGCACGAUAAAGAUGCUCGUCGACGGGGCGGGUCAGAUCAAACUGACGAAAGACGGCAAUGUCCUCCUCCGCGAAAUGCAAAUACAAAACCCCACCGCCGUCAUGAUCGCACGGGCGGCCACGGCGCAGGACGACAUCUGCGGCGACGGCACAACAUCGGUGGUGCUGCUUGUCGGAGAGCUGCUGAAGCAGGCCGACCGGUAUAUUCAGGAGGGACUGCACCCGCGCAUCAUCACGGACGGCUUCGAGAUUGCCAAGAACGAGGCGUUGAAGUUCCUCGACCGGUUCAAGCUUCCCCGCGAAGUCGACCGCGAGCUCCUCCUGUCCGUCGCCAGAACCUCUCUUGCUACGAAGCUGAGCGCGAGCCUGGCCCAAACCCUGACACCAGCUGUCGUCGAUGCUGUGCUGGCCAUCUAUCAGGCCCCUGCGAAACCGGAUCUCCACAUGAUUGAGAUCAUGAAGAUGCAACACCGCACCGCCUCUGAUACCCAGCUGGUCCGCGGCCUCGUGCUGGACCACGGCGCAAGACACCCCGACAUGCCGACGCGCGUCGAGAACGCGUACAUUUUGACCUUGAACGUGAGCCUUGAGUACGAGAAGUCUGAGAUCAACUCGAGCUUCUUCUACUCAAGCGCCGAGCAGCGGGACAAGCUUGUCGAGAGCGAACGUCGCUUUGUAGACGCCAAGCUCAAGAAGAUUGUCGAGCUCAAGCAGCAAGUCUGUGGCAGGGACGGCAAGAAGAAUCUGGUCAUCAUCAACCAGAAGGGCAUUGACCCCCAGUCUCUAGAUGUCCUUGCCAAGAACGGCAUUCUGGCCCUGAGGAGAGCCAAGAGGAGGAACAUGGAGCGCCUGCAGCUCGUUUGCGGCGGCGUUGCGCAGAACAGCGUCGACGACCUGAGUCCCGAGGUGCUCGGGUGGGCUGGUCUCGUGUACGAGCAGCAGCUCGGCGAGGAGAAGUACACCUUCGUCGAGGAUGUGAAGGACCCAAAGUCGGUUACGCUCUUGAUCAAAGGCCCCAACCAGCACACCAUCACCCAGGUUACCGACGCCGUGAGGGACGGCCUGCGCAGCGUCUACAACAUGAUCGUCGACAAGAGCGUGGUUCCCGGCGCCGGUGCGUUCCAGGUAGCAUGCGCGGCACAUCUGAAGAGCAGCGCCUUCGCCAAGACGGUCAAGGGAAAAGCCAAGUGGGGUGUCGAGGCAUUUGCGGAUGCUCUUCUUGUCAUCCCCAAGACGCUCGCCGCCAACGCCGGUCUCGAUGUGCAGGAUGCCCUUGCAUCCCUCCAGUACGAGCACGCCGACGGAAAUGUGGUGGGCCUUGACCUGGCCACGGGCCAGCCAAUGGAUCCAACCCUCGAGGGCGUUUACGAUUCCUUCCGGGUGUUGAGGAACUGUAUUGCCUCUAGCUCCAGCAUCGCCUCGAACCUCUUGCUGUGUGACGAGCUGUUGAAGGCCCGCCAGAUGGGACGGCAAGGCGGUCCCGGCCCCGGCACGGACGGACCGGAGCAGUAGAAGCAUUCUGUCUACAUGUGUAAGAUACUUGCUUAGACAUGGAUGCUCGGUAAUAGAUGGUGCGUGCCAAAAUUCGUGACGGUCUCAGGUGAAAGAAGUAUGGCCCCAGUCCCGUGGUCAAAAUGGAUGGCGGGGCAAAACAAUCCGCCUACCCCGCCAAAUUUUUGUAGUUCUGCAGCCCAAAAUUUCCUGGCACUGCUUGAUCAGACAGCAAUUCGCAAAGCUGGGACUCUGCGCACUCCGCACGAAAUGGCUUCAUACGAUAGUGACUCCUCCGGAGCAGAGGACGGCGACUACACUGAAACCAACGUCCUUUUGGGCUAUGCCUCCGUUGACGCCAACGGCGAGGAAGUUAGCCGGCUUGGUGGCCGCCCAGAUUGGAUAGAUACGGGCAAGCCACCAUCAGCGGCGCUGGCGAGAUGUAAGGUGUGCAAGGACCUCAUGGUCCUGCUCCUGCAGCUCAAUGCCGAGCUGCCGGACCGCUUCCCCGGUCACGAGAGGCGGUUAUACGUUUUCACCUGCAAGAGAAAGAGCUGCCGCAGAAAG